CAGGUUUCCGAAACGGGGCAAAUGAGAUUAAAAGAAAUGAUAUCGGUCAUGUGUAAAUAUGCGUGUACGGAAUUAAUUUUACCAUCGUUGAUGGAGUACACCACAUUUCCACAUCUUGACUCUAUAGCAGUUCAAUUGAAAAGAAUCGCGACACUUUACAUUCACCAAUGUCUUUGUCUGUGAUAACACUUCGAAUCCAAUACAUUUCAUCAAUGACUGUUUAAUAUUUAAUCGUAUGAUUGCUGAAAAUUUUUGGAUUUGGUCACCCUGAUCUUAUUUGAUGACCUCACCAUACUAAAAGAGUGAUACUUAUUCCUUAUUUAAAGUUGAUGUUGAAAUUCUGCCCGUGAACUUGUGAUUUCCACUCACAUUUACAAAGAGGGAAGUGAUUAAACACGCUGUAUCACAGUGAAUUCUUAAGUGCAUAAAUAACGAGUGAGAAGAGAGUGGACAGUUGACAGUGCAUUAAGUCAAUCCCUGUGAAGUGUAUAAAUAAACGGCUAUAAGAGGGGGUUUCCUCUCCAGCAAAAGGAAACUAAAUGUCUCCUGAAGUUUUUCUUCGUCACCCGGAAGUUCCCUAUCCCAGCCCUCAAUUGCCAGUCCCUAUGUCAAUAUGAUGAUGUUAAUAAAGCUUCUGUCUUGUACUAUCUUUAUUUUGGAAUAUUUCCUAUCGACAGAGGCUCAGCUAUGUUCAGAAGGGGUUUUUAGUAAUAACCAGACAACUUGCUGUAAAGGAUACCGUCUGGAGGGAGGAAAAUGUAUCGCUUGUUCAAGUUUCAAGUUCGGAGACAAUUGUGCAUCAACCUGCACGUGCGUGCAGGCUAAUUCAGAGAGCUGUAACAACGUGGAUGGCAAGUGCAGCUGUAAAGCAGGGUACACCGGAAGUAAUUGUGAUAGUGCAUGUUCCAGAUUCACGUUCGGAAAACAGUGCUCAUCUUCCUGCACGUGCGUGCAGGGUAAUUCACAGAGCUGUAACAACGUGAAUGGGACAUGCAGGUGUAAACCAGGCUACAACGGUACUAAUUGCGAGAGUAGAUGUGCAUCCUGGACAUUUGGAGAUGGUUGUAACCCAUGCACAUGUGUACGGGACAAAACAAGCGUUUGCAACUUUGUUAGCGGCGUGUGCACAUGCUUAGCAGGUUAUCAAGGAACAGACUGUACAGAAAGUUGUGAUGACAACACCUUUGGUAUUAGAUGCGCCAAUAAGUGUAACUGUAAUGCUGUAAACUCCGCCUCACAUUGUAACAAAGUGAACGGUACCUGUAACUGUAGACCGGGUUACAAUCCUCGCCAGAACUGUGGGGAAAAAUGCCGCUUACCCUAUUACGGAGAGAGCUGUCUGUUGCCCUGUAAAUGUAACACGGAGACCGCCAGUAGCUGUAACGCCUUCACGGGGGAGUGCGUGUGUCGGCCAGGUUACGUGCCGCCCAGCUGUAGGGAGGUUUGUAGUGGAAACACGUAUGGACAAAACUGCUCGACAAACUGCACGUGCGUGCCAGAAAACACUCGUGGGUGUGAUCCAGUAACAGGAGGCUGCACGUGUCUAGCGGGCUGGCGGGGUCAGAACUGCCAACUGGAAUGCGAGGACGGAACAUAUGGUGAUGAAUGCGCAAAGGAAUGUAACUGCCAAGGGAACCAGUUUAAAACGUGUCGGAAGUCAGACGGACUUUGCAUCUGCAGUCCGGGAUAUGGGGGCGAGAAUUGCUCAAAACCCUGUGCCAUAUGGCGGUAUGGAUCAGAGUGCCUGGGACGAUGCGAGUGUCACGUGAACAACAGCAUCAGCUGUGAUACAAUAACAGGAGUAUGCACGUGCAAGAGUGGGUACAUCUCAGAAUUUUGUGAAGGUGCGAUUUCGGCGCCUGAGAGAAGUUCCGCGGUGGUGGAGGCCGCGGUGGGAUCCGUAGUCGCGCUGUUAUUCAUCGCGUCCGCGGUGGGCAUUGGUCUCUUUGUGAUGAUGUCCAGGAGGAAAAGGAGAUACGGAGAGGUGGCAAAAGCUGACACCAAUGGUCUGACAGUGACCAACCAAACCUACAACAACACGGAGUUUAACCAGAACGAGGCUGAGGAGCCGACCUACGAGAACAUGGCGACUGCUAAAACGCCACCAAGCGAGACGCCAUCUAGCGGCAACGUGUACGACACCGCGGAGAAGACAAAGACGGACGCGGCGCUGUAUGGAAAUGUGGAAGUGUCGAACCCAGCCCUCCCGCCGGCGAACGUUGGGGGAGAGUACGAGAGUGUGACUCUGACCUCGGGGCAGGGGGAGGACGGUCUGUACGAGGCUCUAAGGAAACAAAGCAGCACGGACACAUCGCUCUAUACUGGGUUACACUUCGACAAUAAGGAGGGAAAAGGCGCCAAGAAAUCGCACUCUAAGAAAACCCAAAAUAAAAAGAAACCUGCCAAACUCCCCAAACCCUCAGGUUCUCAGUCAUCUUCAGAAUAACAGUCGUGCACCAAAAAACUGUACUUUGGACCGAGUUAUUUCAUUUUUAUCCCAUUCUGAACAGUUAAGUGAGGGGGUGUGGUACUGUCAUACAUAUAAAGUAUAUGAAACAACUUGUUAAUAUGCAGUUUCGGGUUUUGGAUAUAUGCAUUUAUAUAUAGAAAAAACAUCUUCAGGCCAUUGUCUAGAGAGUAUAUAUGACCACUUUUGAUUUUAGUGUGUCUCACCCGACAGGUGAGAUAAGUAAUACAUGUUAAUGAAUAAUAAUAAUAUCUUUACUUUUCGAGAAAUUCGCAUCUGUUUAAUCCUUUUAUUCAUUUAUUGAUUUUUUAUUUUAUACAACGUAUGUUUGAACGAAUAACAUACAAGUGUUCGUACAUCGGUCUGUCUUUAUGAAGAUUCUAAAAAUAUAAACAUGUAUAAAGGAUCUCUCAUGGUGGUGGUAUAAAAAUUAUUUUUAUUCUACGAGUUGUAAAUUUUUAAUCCGUGAGCCUUGCAGAGGAGAUUGAAAACACACAACGAGACACACAACUAAUGUGGUCUUCGAUUGCAUGAGAAAGAGAUAAGUACAUGCAUCAUUCACAUGAGAAGAAAGGGUGUAUUCUCUACGGUCCAGCCUACAGCAGCAGCAGCUAGCAGACAGGUCAAUUUAAUACAAUAGUUGUAUACAUGUACACGAGUUCUGUGUGGCUACAUUACUUGAAGGGAAAAUCUGGGAUCUGAUAUUAAUUUGAAGGCAGGUACAUUUUGCGUAUCCGCCGUAUCGAUAUUUUGUUUAUAUGAGUGAGCUUUUGUGUUUACAACACAACUGCAAAGGGCGUGGUAACUUAUUACAACAUGCAUACACGUUUAUAUACAUACAUUUCCGGGGCUGUAUAUAUUCAUCUCGAUCGUAGUUUCUCUUUUAACAAGCUUUUACAAUAUUUUUUAUAUGAUUCAAUAAAUGUUAUUUUAUUGUCGUGAG